AUGGCCUGUAACUGCACAGAUCUGACGUCUCGCCGUAUAAGCGACGACAACGUCGAGCGCUCGGACAACUUCAGGUACCUCGGAUCUGUACUUGAUGCGUCCAUGGACAUCGAUCGCGACAUCAAGACCCGACAUACAGCCGUCGCGUCGUCUGACAGACGAAAGAUGGAUUUGAGAGGAGAUGAGGAGCGCAUUCGACGUUGGUUGUGUGAGUCAGACAUCGAGUCUAACCACGAUGAAGCAGAGGAACUAUCGGAAUCCGAAAACGAAGAUAAUAUGGUGGCAGAUGCCCACGUAGGAACUGAUGAAAGUGAGGAAGAAGGUUCGAUGUCAUCUGAUGAGGAGAUUUUCGUCAGCAGGCGCUCACGUAAGCGAAGAUUUGUAGAUUCAGAUGAUAAUACAUCCGAUGCAGGUCAGUCGGGGUCUGAGUCUAUCCAGCAUCAGCAGGAGCCGCAGGAGCCUGAGUCAUCAUUUGUGAUCCGUUCCAAUAAAAAUCACCUUUAUGGAAAGAGCGGUUAUAAAUGGUCUACUAGACCUUGCAAUCCACGAGCAAGAACAUGUUCUCGUAAUGUGAUUCACGUAGUACCUGGACCUGCAGGUGUAGCCAAAGAAAUAACAGACCCCAGAGAAUUAUUUCUCCUGUUCAUUUCUCAUGAAAUGAUCAAUGAGAUGGUUACUUAUACCAACACGGAGAUUGACAUCAAGAAGUCUAAAUACAAACAGGAGAAGUAUACCAACUCGCAUACUUCCACUAACGAAGUGACGGCUUUACUGGGUCUCUUGAUACAAUCAGAGGCUAUAAAAAGUAACCACUUGCCCACUAGAACACUAUUUGACCACAAACGGAGUGCAAUUACUUUUAAAGCGUACAUAAGUUCUGAUAGGUUUGAUUUCUUACUGAGAUGCCUUAGGUUUGACGACAAGACAACAAGAACAGAGCAGAGGGCCUCUGACAAGCUUGCUCCAUUCAGACAAUUUUGGGAGGCAUUCAUAACCAACUGUGUAAAAUGGUAUAAGCCCAGUUAA